ACACGCAGCCACUCCUCCUUCGCCUGCAGUAUACGGGACAGACCAGUUACACUGCUGCUAAUAACACUGAACACAACAAAAGCAGUGGCAAACAUAAACACUGCACAGGGUGCACACAUACAUUGAGGGGCUGGGACAAACUGACUGCAAGCCGCCUGAAUUUCAACACACUCCAGCACAGAAGCAAGUUGGAAAGAGAGACGGAUCUGAAGAUAUUUUCCACCAGCUGGACAUGGGGUAAAACAAAUCUAAGCAACUUGUCAACAUUUUCCAUGUUCCAUAUGCAUAUAUGGUUGGAGAAGGACGCCACGUUUUUUAAGCUCAGUGUGCUAAUGCUAUUAUGGUACACGAGCAACUUGCGUGCUUAAGUAUUGGUGAAAGUAAACCUUCCUCUGUUGCCUUUUGUGGAAAUCAUCAGCUAGGUAUCAAAUUAUAGUAGGCUUUUCACAGCGCAAGAACUAACAAUAUUUUGCAACCAGCACAGACGCAUGCACUGCCAUGGUGGUGCACUGUUUAUAAUUGCACCAGGAGCACAUGUAUUGCCAUAUGAAUGCAACGUAAUAACUUUCGGGAAGAGAAGAACUUUUCAAUAAUGUGUAAGAUCGUGUGGCUUUCUGCAAAAACAUUAACAAGCAAAACAAUUGUAGCACAAUAUUGAUAAAUUAUAUAUUAUAUAUAUAUAUAUAUAUAUAUAUAUAUAUAUAUAUAUAUAUAUAUAUAUAUAUAUAUAUAUUCACCUUGUCAAUUUGGCCUUGAAAUAAAGAGAUGGCGGAUAUUAACACUCUGCAACAGCCGCAGGAUGACAAAGCCGGCAGUUCCUUAAAGGCAGAGAAGACGUUUAAACUGUGGUACAUGGGCUGGUCUGCACUGGACAGGAGGACAACACUGCCCAUGUUGCCCUGGCUAGUGGCAGAGAUACGCAGGAAAAGUGAAAAGAACGAACUAGGUUCUGCUCAAGCCAGGGAGGUUCAACUCGUUCUCACGCCGCCUCUGAUCCGAUGUGUUCCUGCAAAUAACAACAAUGCCUCCGUGUUUAUAUUCGAGCACAAGGCACACCACGUCUCCAGAUUUCUUCACAACAGCCAUGACCUCACCUACUUUGCCUACCUUAUCAGAAGCCAGCCUGAUAAUCCCGAAUCUGAGAUGGCGUGCCAUGUUUUCAAGGCGUGUGACCCAAACCAGGUUCCUGAUGUCAUCAGCAGUAUCCGGCAGGUGUCGAAAGCGGCCCUUAAAGAAAAUACGAAGACAAAGCAGGAGGGCGAGGAUGCCUUUUACAACUCUCAGAAAUUUGAGAUGCUGUACUGUGGGAAGGUGACCAUUGCCAACAAGAAGGCCCCCUCCACCCUAAUCGAUGAGUGCAUUGAGAAGUUCAAACAGCACGAGGUGGACCGGCAGCGUUUGAAGCUGCUGAACGAGCAGCGGGGAUCGGCGGACUCGCAUGUGCAAUUCACACUUGGGGACGGGGAUCUCCUCACUGACCCCCUCAGGAGAUCCUUUGAGUCGUCCGAGGGUGGUGGCCUGUUUUCAGUCAGCACCAGCCAGGGCAGUCUUUGGGGCUCUCGCAGUGCCUUUCCAGAGUGCAUUCUGGAAGACUCAGACUUCGAUGAUCAGCAGGAGUUCCGCAGCAGGUGCAACAGCGUGGCAGCUGUAAUGCAGAAGAAAGUGUCUGACAGCACCUCAAAAGGGCCAGUCCGCCGACGGCAUGCCAGCGCGCCAAGCCAUGUGCAGCCUUCGGAUGCAGAGAAGAACAGGACCAUGCUCUUUCAGGUUGGACGAUUUGAAGUGAACCUCAUUAGUCCAGACACUAAAACGGUUGUGCUUGAAAAGAAUUUUAAAGAUAUUUCGUCAUGUUCUCAGGGAAUACAACACAUUGAUCACUUUGGGUUCAUCUGCCGGGAAGCUGUUGAAUCUGGCCCUUGCCAGUAUGUGUGCUAUGUAUUCCAGUGUGCAAGCGACGCUUUGGUGGAUGAAGUAAUGCUGACUCUAAAGCAAGCCUUUAGUACCGCCGCUGCUCUUCAGAACGCAAAGACUCAAAUUAAACUGUGUGAGGCCUGCCCAAUGCAUGACUUGCAUAAACUCUGUGAGAGGAUUGAAGGGCUUUACCCACCUAGAGCAAAGCUUGUGAUACAGAGGCAGCUUUCCCUUUUGACUGACAAUGAACAAGCUGACAUUUUUGAACGUGCUCAGAAAAUGAAGCCUGGCAGUGAUCAAGAAGAGAAUGAGCUGGUAAUUCUCCAUCUGCGGCAGCUGUGUGAAGCCAAGCAAAAAACACACCUUCACAUUGGAGAAGCUCCUGUGAAUGCACAGAACAAUGCGAUUCCUGAACAUCCAGCGAACAGUGGCAAGUUUAAACUGGAUGUUCUGAAAAGUAAGGCCAGGAAGUCUUUGACAAGCUCCCUGGAAAACAUCUUCUCAAGGGGAGCCAACAAAAUGCGAGGUCGUCUCGGGAGCAUAGACAGCUUUGAACGUUGCAAUAGCCUACCAUCUGACAAGGACUGUUCUCCGGCUGACUCUCCUCCCCCCACUCCACCAGCCUCUCCCGUGUCUUCGCUGGGGCAACCCUUCUCGGAGGAAGACCCAGACUCUCCGCAGUUCCGGAGGCGUGCUCACACCUUCAGCCACCCACCUUCACUCAAGAAGAAGAUCUCCUUUACAGACUCCAAGUCUCUCAACACCAAAUCUCCAGUCUUCAGACAGCUUUCCGUGGCUCCUGAACUUUUGCAGAGCAGCCCCGUUGACAUUUCAAGACGCACUCGCAGUGUAUCUGAGAGCGAAACCUCUUCCUUCAGCCUCCCUUCCUCCUUCUCCGCUCCCUCUUUCCUGAAAAACUUUUACCAAGGCUCUGGCUCUCAAGCCACACAGGCCGACACUGGGACCCCUACGAGUAAUGGUGAAGGGAGGAAAAGGACCUUCUCUGGCUGCAGUAGUGACUCUCUGAACAUCGGGGGUGCCCCCCUGACCCCACGACGAGUCUCCUGGCGUCAGAAGAUAUUCCUAAAGGUUGCGUCGCCCAUGAACAAAUCUCCAGCUGCCAUACAUCGUAAAGACCAACUGGACGUCAGUGAGCUCCUGCCCCUGUCUCCGCUGGCCCCUUCUAUGGAGGAGGACCCACUCUCAUCCUUGUUGCAGCCGGACAGUGUUUGUGAUGGGGAGAGGAGGAAGCGCACCCCUGAAGAGCUGCACACUCUGUGGAGGAAAGCCAUACACCAGCAGAUUCUGCUGCUUCGAAUGGAGAAAGAGAACCAGAGGCUCGAAGCAAGCAAGGAUGAGCUGCAAACACGAAAAAUGAAACUGGAUUACCAAGAAGUGGGAGAAUGUCCAAAGGAAGUUUUAGCAAUGUGGGACAAGAAGCUUACCAUGCCAGGACGAGUGAAGGCCAGAUGUGACAUGGAGGAGAUCCAGUGUGCCCUCAGUCAGGGUGUACCGAAGAAUCGCAGAGGGGACAUCUGGCAGUUCCUGGCUGUCCAGUAUCGCCUGAGACACCGUCUGUCAUGUAAACAGCAGCCUCUGGACAUAUCCUACAAGGAGCUUUUAAAGCAGCUCACCACACAGCAGCAUGCCAUCCUGGUAGAUCUUGGGCGGACUUUCCCUACUCACCAGUACUUCUCUGCACAGCUGGGGGCUGGCCAGCUCUCCCUCUUCAAUCUGCUGAAAGCCUAUUCUCUGUUGGACAAGGAGGUGGGCUACUGUCAAGGGAUCAGCUUCGUGGCGGGAGUCCUGCUUCUACAUAUGAGCGAGGAGCAGGCUUUCCAAAUGCUCAAAUUCGUGAUGUACGAUCUGGGCGUCCGCAAACAGUAUAGACCAGACAUGAUUUCCCUACAGAUCCAGAUGUACCAGCUGUCAAGACUCCUCCAUGACUACCACAGGGAUCUCUACAAUCACUUGGAGAAGAAUGAAGUCAGCCCGAGCCUGUAUGCUGCUCCUUGGUUUCUCACUCUCCUUUCCUCCCAGUUUCCACUCAGCUUUGUGGCCAGAGUGUUUGAUAUACUGUUUCUUCAGGGAAUGGACGUCAUAUUUAAAGUAGCGCUUAGUCUGCUCAGCAGCCAUGAAGCCCGUAUAAUGGAGUGUGACGGCUUUGAAUCUAUUGUGGACUUCCUUAAGAGCACUAUCCCAAAUCUGACCAUUGCCCAGAUGGAAAAGACCAUCGCCCAGGUGUUUGAGAUGGACAUUUCCAAACAGCUCCAUGCUUAUGAGGUUGAGUACCAUGUGCUGCAGGAUGAGAUGCUGGAAGCCUCUGUGCCCAGUGACGAUGCAGAGCGACUGGAUAAACUGGAGCGGACAAACAACCAACUCAAGAGGCAGAACAUGGAUCUGCUGGAGAAACUACAGGCGGCCCGGACUAAAAUCCAGAACCUGGAGGCUAACCUGGAGAACGUCAUCACCCGGGAGGGUAAAAUGAAGCGCCUAAUCCGCUCACUGGAGCAGGAGAAGAUCACCAAUCAAAAGACUAUAGAACGCAUGCAAAACCUUUGGCCAUCAGAAGCACUGUCUGAUAUUGAACUGACAGAGUUAAGCCCAAACAGCAAAGCAAAAUCAGGAAACAAAAAGCCAUGACAAGUGAAAAACAGAAGAGCCGCUUGUAGCAUAACAUUCACAGCUAAAUAAGCCCAGCAUAAAAAAAGAAAUAAAACAGCAUGCUCGCAAAGGCCUCAACAGCUGGGGCCCAUGACACACUGUUAUCCAAGGGUCAUGGGUCAGUAAAAGCUUGCAGGCUUCUGUGAUGACAGUAUGCAAGUCUAAGGCUAUGUGGUAGCCUUUCUUGCAUAUAGCUUUUAAUAUAAAAUGUCUUUCUUUUCUAUGGUGUUGUAUAAUAAGUAGGUGUUGUAAAGUGAAACAGGCUUUCAUUAUCAUACAAUACACUUUUACACUGUGUUUUAAAUUUGUGGUGUUGGUGCCUAAUACUACAUCUUAAAGUGAUAUUAAGAGAAACAUUUUGUGUGUAACCACUUUCAUAUACUGUAUGUCACAAAAAAAGGAUUUUGUCUUUAAGAAAUGUAUUGAAAAUACUUGAAAAUAAGUUGAAUGUAUUUUCUUUCCAAAGAAUUGCAUGUGUCGAGUGAAAAACAUAAUGUGUACUGUUUGUAGAAUCAUAUUAGCCUACCAUAAAGCUUGCUGUUAAACACACUGAAUAUUUAAGCUCUGUAGCUUUUCGUCGCAACAGUGCUGUUGCAUAAAGAGCAGUUACUUCUGUUUGUGAGCUUCAUGCUAACCAAAAAUGUUCUUGUAUCACAGAUUUUUUUUUUUUUUUUUUUUUUUUUUACAGGGAAAGGCUGAGCCCACAAUCAGAUACCCUGUAGUCUAAGAGCAACAGACUUUUACAAGGUUCAGAAUUAGUCAACUAGUGCUGUAAACAUGUUUUUAACCAGUUACUUUAGGAAGAGUACAAAUAACUUUAUUUUGUAAUGUUAUGCUGUAGAGUAUACCAGUGCAGGACUGAAGCAGUAUACAUUGCUAUAGAGUUGCAGUAUACCAAGGAAGUGUACAAUACUUUUAGUUUUGUUUUUUUGGCAGCGCUAGAUGUUUUAAUUAUUUUUUAGAAAAACACCUAGGGAAAGAGUUUCCAACCUCUCAAACUCUAAAGGCUUUAUUAUAACUGUUUUGUAUACAGUAGAUUAGUUGUUUUUCUGUUUCAAGAGCAUGGACGUUCCCAUUCAUUGUCGGUAGUUGCUGUGUGCUUCAGAGGCACGUACUGUCUUUUUGACAAGAGACAGUUGGUGGGAAAAUUGUUAAUCUAAAGUGCCAUAUCCAACAUCAGCCAAUAUCAUGUGUGAGUGGUGCUUGUUAUUGAUCCCUAUGCAAUGUAAUCCUUUAAAACUUGAAAAAAAAGAAUACACAAAGGUUAAAGGAUAAAAGAUUUGCUUAUCUGAUUUUGCUGUUAGUCUUUUGAGCUUAGUUCAGAGCUAGUCUCAUUUUUACCAUUGAUUUUAUCUUUUUUGCGCAGUAAAAUUGUAACAAUAAUCACAGUAGAACAAUAGCUAUUAUAUUAGUCAGGAGCAGGUUUUACAAUACAGGGUUUUAGGAGUUGCACAGUGUUGAAACCAUAUCCUUGCAAUAUAUAAUAAAAGAACUCCAAUAAAAAAAAUAAAAAUAAAAGAUUUUACAUUUGCUUCAGUUUCUUAACUUUUUGGUAAAAAGUUGAAUGCCAGGUUUUAAGGAACAUGUUUUGACAACUUUUUCAACCACCAAAUAACUCUUCUAUUUCAGUAGACCUGUGGAGAAAAGGUUACACACUGCAACUUGUAUGCAUCUAAAAUAAAGGCAGGCAUUUUCAAAACGGUCCCCACACGUCCCUCAAGGUAAAUGCCGUGAUGCGCUGAAAUACAAUCUGCAACAUGUAUUUUUGAUUUUCGUUUGAAUUUGUUAUAAGCCCAUGGUCGCCUUUUGUUUUUGCUACGAGGAGAAGGCAGGAUAAAAAUGCAGACUGUAUCCCUGAGUUCAAGGACUGCUGUACACUGAAAUAAAAUAAACCAGUAAGCGCCA